CUGAAAAAUUUAAAGUGAUGGCGGUCAUAGAAAAAUUUCCCAAAUCAUGGGAAGAUUUUGGUAUGACUUUAAAACAUAAAAUGAAAAAGAUCACUUGAAAAUCUUUGAUGCAUUCCAUUACGGUUGAGGAGGAACAUAAGAAAGCGGGUUAUAUUGCGCCUAUUGAAUUUCAACCGAAGGCUCAUGUUAUAACUGGGGGAAAGCAAGCACAUGACUCUAAAAAUAAACAAUCACCAUCUUUUAAACCCAUAAAGGCCAAACUAAAAAUUGCAAAGAAACCAAAGGCAAACCGACCAUGCUGGAACUGUGGACAGAUGGGGCAUUGGGCCAAAUUGUGUCCUAAUAAAAAGGCCAAGGCUCAAUCUGGGGGACCUCAAGUCAACAUGGUGACUGGAGGGACUAGUUCUAAUGGCCUGCGGUUGGAAGAACAGUGAUGAUGGGGAACACAAGUGUUGCUAGUGUGCAAGGAAUUGGAAAAGUAGAAAUAAAAUUCCCUUCGGGAAAAAUUCUAUCUUUGCAUGGAGUGCAUCACGUUCCCGAAAUUAGAAGGAACAUCGUUAGUGGUUCCAUUCUAGUUAGGGAGGGUUAUGAGUUGUCCUUUAAAUUAAAUAAAGUUGUAAUUUUAUUUGGUGGAACUUUUAUUGGCAAGGGUUACUUGUCUGAUG